UAGACCACAAGGUCUCCGCAUAGAACUGAGAAAUCUCUCUCUCUGUUUCGCUUUCGCUGGAUCGCUCACAGAGUCGCGAAUCGAAAGAUCAAAAGGGAAUCAAUAUGCCGUCGCCAGCGCCAUUUACACGCGCCUCCAACAUGCUCCGGCACCGCCUUCUCCCCACUCUGCGGACCCGCGGUGGCGCCGCCGCCGGCCAGAGCCGAUGGACUAGCCCCGGCCACGAGGAGCGCCCCAAGGGUUAUCUUUUCAAUCGGACGCCGCCUCCACCAGGCCAGUCCCGUAAAUGGGAGGAUUGGGAGCUCCCUUGUUAUAUUACCAGUUUUCUUACCAUCGUGAUUCUUGGCGUUGGCCUCAACGCCAAGCCUGAUCUCACAAUUGAGACUUGGGCUCACCAGAAAGCCCUCGAACGCCUCGAGAUGGAGAAUAUGGGUAUAUCUGCAUCUGGGUCAUCUGAAUCUGAUUGAAUUGCGUGAUUCUUGUGAUCUUUUGGAACUGGGUUUCUGUGAUUUUAGUUCCUCGGUUGAAAGGGGUUUUGGAUUCAUGGGCCACUAUGAGAUGUUGUCGAUAUUCUGUAGUUCAAUAAGUUUCCUUACGUGUUAAUUGGCUCUUUUGGAGCUUCAAUAACAGUUUUUUCCCCCAAUUGUUAGCUCUGGAGGUAUUUGACGUCGUAUAUGUCAAGUAUUGAGAAUUUUAACUUUCUGGUAUGUUUCAAUUCAGUUGCCAAUGUUGCGUUAAGCAUACAGAUUAUUUAAUAAUUUGGUUUUGUUGAAUGUACUAUGACACUGAUCAUCGUGAUAACUUUGUCUUCUUAACAUCUUAA